CAGCUUCUUCAAACUUACCUAAAGCUUCUCCUUUGAAAUACUAUAUGUUGAAGAAGAAUAAAUUUGACUCUUCGCCCUCGUACAAUUCAAAUACUUUAUCAUCAUCUCCUAAUUUAUACAGUCCAAAUGGGAAAUCUCCAACGCAAAUGAAAAAUUCAAAUGCAGUGUUCUUAUCCUCAUCUCCGUUGAAAGGAACUCCCUUGAGUGCUCCUCGGUCAAACCAAAUCUUAUCUCAUCAUAAUAAUUACGAUGAUGAAAUUGACUCUCCAACUAAAAAAGGUGGUAUCAAAAAUUUGAAAUCCUCUCCUUUAAAUCAUCAAACUCCUAAAAUUAAUUUAGAACAGGCUUCAUCUCCAACCACUACACCAAACACUUUGGAUACUGCUUUGAAACCUUCUCCAUCUUUAAGUAACUCUUCAUCCCUGAAGAAAAAUAAAAACGAACAGACUACUCCAACCCUUCCUAAAAGACAGCUCCAUACAAAUCCCUUACGUACCCCAACUCAAUCUAAGAAUUUCAAUACCGAUGAAGAAGGUGCAGAUUUAUUAAUGUACUUGGCUACUUCUCCGUCUCCUGCAAAACCUUAUCAUUCUUCUAAUAAUACUCCAAGAUCAAAUGAAAAGUUACCACCAAUUUCCUCAGUUCAUAAUCAAUUAUCAUCCAAUAAACAACAAAAUCAAUCUACCAAUUCAUUCCCUCCUCCUUUAACUCCAAAACGUCACAUUACAAAUACUACUAAAACUCCUCAAAAUAGAUUAACUCCUUCGAUUAAUCUUUUCAAUAACUCAGUAAAUAAUCAAUUGAAUCCAAAUGGUGGGUCGGGUUUACCAUCUUCUGGUUUAACUUUGACUCCUGCAGGAUUCAAUAUGAGUGACUAUGUUUUCUUUACUCCUUCCCCAGGCUCAGCAAAUAUCCAUCACAAUAAUAACUCCAAUAACAAUUCUCUAAGUAUACUAAACAAUAAGAAUUUCUUGAAAACUCCCGAUUUCAACACCAUGAUGAGUAAUUACGGCGUCUUACAAAGUGGUGGAGGUCCUCAAGUAAUCGGUAGUAACUUAUCUAAUUCUGCUACAGCUAAUAUUCAAGACAAGAAUGAUUCAAAUAAACUGCCUGUCGAUGGUAAAAUGAUUAACUUUGAUAAAGAUGGGUUGUUUGGAAAUAAUCUGAAUGAUUCCGGCAAGGACUAGAAGUUGGUUUGACUUGUGGCUUCCUUUGUUUGUUCUUUUUUGGUUAUGGCUCAUUUGUAUUAUAAGUGGUAUUUCUGGUUCGG